GGCCAAUUGAGAAGCAGCAGUCUGCUUUAAGAGUAAUCACAUUUGCCUUAUACUGAACCCACUUACAGCCUUGCUUUCUGUUCCCCCCUCUGAGGAGAUUAGCUUGGAGUAAUUUAGCAAAUGUGGUACGGCAUUGGUUGGUGCAAUUAAGAAAGCAUGGCAUAAGCUGGGAUUUGUUAUGUAUAUAAAGUCAGUGGUGAAUACAAAGCUGUUGCUCCUUUACAGAAUGGGCCAAGCUGCUACUCGGCCUGGUAGGAGAGGGGGGUCUUAUGUCACUGAGCUGUACGAGUGGUCCAGAAAGUUUAUUAAUGAAUGUCCAAGUGGGCUGAUCACUCUUCACGAGUUCCAAAGGCAUUUCUGCAAUGGAACAGUGGGCAGGGAGUCAGCUGAGUAUGCAGAACAGAUAUUCCGCACAUUGGACAAUAACGGGGACGGGGUGGUUGAUUUCAGGGAGUAUGUCGUGGCCAUCAGCAUGCUGAUCGAGGGCUCGGCUGUAGAGAAGCUGCGGUGGUCAUUCAAGCUCUAUGACAAAGACAGAGACGGAGCCAUUACAAGGGAAGAAAUGCUGGACAUCAUGCAGGCUGUGUAUAAGAUGAGCGUGACAGCUGCUUUAACCAAACCCAACCCUCUUACAGCUGAGGAGUGUACCAACAGGAUAUUUGUGCGGUUAGAUAAAGACAAUAAUGCCGUCAUCAGUCUGGAGGAGUUCAUAGAGGGAGCGCUGGAUGAUGAUUGGAUCAGGGAGAUGCUGGAAUGUGACCCCAGCACAGUGAAGGUGGAGAGGCCCCUGAGGAGUGACACCACUUUGGGGGCCCAUGAGUGA